CCGUGGGGCCUUAAUUUGGUGAUUUCCUUUGUGGGAAGUACGAAACCCUUCUGAGAGAGACUAUGGCUUCUGCGGCAGCGGCGGUCUCGGCGGAGGAAGGCCUUCCGCACCUGAGCUCGCAGGCCUACUUGGAAGGGAAAGCCGUGGGGGAGUCCCGCGCCCUGGUCGCCGACCUCUGCCGCCACUUCUACAACCUCGGAUGGGUGACCGGAACCGGCGGCAGCAUCACCGUCAAGGUCCACGACGACGCCGUCCCCAAGCCCCACCAGCUAAUCGUCAUGUCCCCCUCGGGGGUUCAGAAGGAGCGGAUGAUGCCUGAGGAUAUGUACGUGUUGACUGGGAGUGGGGCCGUGCUAUCUGCGCCGUCGCAGAAGCCCUACCCCCAUAAGCUUCCCAAGUGCACCGAUUGUGCCCCCCUCUUCAUGAAGGCUUAUCAGAUGCGUAAUGCUGGGGCUGUUAUUCAUAGUCAUGGAAUGGAGUCUUGUCUUAUAACAAUGCUUCAUCCUUUCUCAAAGGAGUUCAGGAUAACUCAUAUGGAGAUGAUAAAAGGAAUUCAAGGCCAUGGUUAUUAUGAUGAGUUGGUUAUUCCAAUAAUUGAGAACACAGCACACGAGCGUGAACUUACUGAAUCCCUCAGUCAAGCGAUGGCAGCAUACCCAAAAGCGACUGCUGUGCUUGUGCGGAACCAUGGGAUAUACGUUUGGGGAGACUCAUGGAUAAAUGCCAAGACACAGGCUGAGUGCUAUCAUUAUCUUUUUGAUGCUGCACUUAAACUCCAUCAAUUAGGUAUUGAUUACAGUAGUCCAAGUCAUGGUCUGAUAGGCAGUACAAAUGCAUUUCAAGACAAAAAUAAGCAUCUAAACGAUGCUGUAAAAGCAAUAGAGAAUGGCGAACAUUGUCCUGAGACGUCAAGACAUUGUAUUGUUCUGGACAUUGAAGGAACAACAACCCCAAUUACAUUUGUUACCGAUGUCCUUUUUCCCUAUGCUCGUGACAAUGUGCGGAAACAUUUAGUGUCCACAUAUGAGAGUGACGAGACCAAAGAAGAUAUUAAGCUACUGCGAACUCAAGUUGAGGAGGAUCUUAAACAAGGGGUUUCUGGUUCUGUACCCAUCCCUUCUAAUGAUGUGAAAAAUGAUGUGGUUGAUUCUUUAGUAACUAAUGUGGAGGCAAUGAUAAAAGCUGAUAGAAAAAUUACUUCCCUAAAACAAUUGCAGGGACAUAUUUGGAGAGCUGGAUAUGAGAAUAAAGAAUUGCAGGGAAUCAUUUAUGAGGACGUUCCUGAAGCUCUUAAGAAGUGGCAUGUGAAUGGUACAAAGGUAUACAUAUAUUCAAGUGGUAGUAGAGAGGCCCAAAGACUUUUGUUUGCAAACACUCUUUAUGGGGACCUGAGAAAAUACUUGAGUGGAUUUUUUGACACCACAGUCGGAAACAAAAAGGAAUCACGCAGUUACCUUGAAAUCUCUCAAACAGUGGGAGUAAAUAAACCAUCUCAAAUCUUAUUUGUAACUGAUCUGUAUCAAGAAGCUGUGGCAGCAAGGGCGGCUGGUCUUGAAGUGCUAAUCUCUGUCCGUCCUGGAAAUGCACCCCUCCCGGAUAACCAUGGAUUUAAAACCAUCCGUUCCUUUGCAGAGAUAUAAACCAAAACAUGCUACACCGUAUUCCAUAUGGUGAUAUUGUGGUUAUAUGGUCGCAGUAAUUGCCAAAGAAACAAAAGAUCAUCUUUGAUGACUUUCAUGUGUACUCAUAUUUGGAACUAUUAAGAAGAAUGUUGCCAGCUAUGAUGCUUUUUUAAAUGGACACUUCCAGAUCCAUCAAACAAUGGUGCAACUGGAUAUGAGAGGUGUUUUGAAUAAUUGUUUAUGCUUGUAGCAUAUAAAGAACUUGCAAUAAUUGUCUGAAGAGUUGGAACUAUGAGGUCAUUCCACAAAAGGGACAAAUAAAAGAGUGUUCCUUGGGGAGUGUUUAUGGCCCUAUGUUGUCUUAGGGAGAUACAAACUCCAUGAUUAUGUUGUUGUCAAACUCAAUAUAUGAUUUUGAACUUUGUUUGACUUUUGAA